AUGAGUAGGCUCCUUCGGGUUGCGGGAGUGCUGCUCCUGCUUUGGCUGCUUUGUCUGCUGCCUCGUUUCCUGCCACAUCUUUAUGUCCUGGGACCCAUCGGAUGUGCACUGUGCCAUUGGGCCAACCUGAUGCCGUUCGUCGGAAGGAUGAGAAGAUCUCUUGCGAGGAUCCUGUGGUGUUUGAGAUGUGUAACUAAGCGAACGCGAAAGAGACUAGCUCUUUUACUAGCUCUUUAG